AUGCUUUUUUCAAUAAUCUUGAACAUUGUUCUGAUCAUUUUCAUACUUAAUGACCACCAUCAUAUUAUUAUCUAUACUAUUGCUGGCAAUGACAAUGAUGAUGACGAUGAUGAUGAUGAUAAUGAUAAUCGAAUAUUUGUACCAUAUAAACCGACAUAUGGUUUUCCGAAUCAAUGCAAUAAAAUUGAUUCCAAUGAACAAAUUGAACAAUUACGAGAAAAUUAUCGACAAUGUCAACUACAAACAAUGGAUGAAUGGGCAUUGAAUUUAGAAAAAUAUUAUACUGAAACGGAAAAUUUUUGCUGCUUCGUAAAAAAAGUAUUAUUAUGUGAACAGCCAAUAUUAUCGGAAUGUGAUCAAUCAUAUUCAGAAUUGAAUAUGGAAAAAACAUUAUUAUUAUUCGAUGCAUCGUGUACACAAUUUGAUUGUGAAAAAAUGUCCACCACCGAUUGGAUCGGUAUCGCUACUGCCAUCAUAGCGUUAUUAGCAGCCAUUGUUGGUGUAAUUGGUGUAUGUGUGAAAAAAUUCAAACAAAAAAAUAAAGAUCCAUUAUUGGUGGCUAAAAAGAUACAAAAAAGAAAAAUAUGA